AUGAUUUCCAUUCAAUUUUCCAGAUAUUCAGUCUAUGCCGUAAAUCUUCGUGAUCGAUCAGACCAGCUGGUUCUCUUGAAUCUGCAAGUAGAAUUAAACGUUGAUUUAUGGGACCAUGGCGCACCGGAACUCCGAGAUGCAUUGGUCAUGGUAUCACCUGAAGAUAGAGUUAAAUUCUUGAACACAUUAGAUCAAAAUGGUAUAAAUCACCAACUCCGUCAUGCUGAUGUGGCUGUAUUCCUCAAGCAAUACGACGCACAAAUAUCUUACUGGAAACAGAGUAGGACUAAUAGGAUGCCGUUUGAAGAUUAUCCGAGGUAUGCUGAGGUUGACGCGUACAUGGAAAGAUUGGCUAAAGAAUAUCCAAGCUUAGUGACGUUGGUGAAUGCUGGACAAAGCUUCGAAGGUCGCGCUAUCAAAUAUUUGAAGAUAUCAACCACAAACUUUGCCAACGCUAGCAAACCCAUAUACUUCCUAGACGCAACGCUGCACGCUCGUGAGUGGGUGACUGUUCCUGUCGCGUUAUAUUCUAUUCACCGAUUAGUAGAGAAUCUGAGAGAUCAGGAUAGAGACCUCCUGGAAAAUAUCGACUGGAUUGUAUUGCCCAUCGCCAAUCCUGAUGGCUAUGAAUACAGCCACACUGAUGACCGUCUUUGGCGCCGUACUCGUUCGUUCAACGCAGAAGUCAGCACGGAAUGUUGGGGCGUUGACGGGAACAGAAACUUCGAUGUUAACUUCAAUACCAUUGGAGUUUCAUCUGACCCUUGCUCCAACGUGUAUCCGGGCCACGUAGCAUUCUCUGAGCCAGAGACGCGAUACGUCAGGGAUAUUCUUCUGGAAAAUAUAGACCGUUUGCAAUUGUACCUGAAUAUCCAUAGCCAUGGAAACUACCUCCUUUUCGGAUUCGGUAACACAACCCUGCCUCCUAAUGUCGCUCGGUUACAUCAUGUUGCAGCUGCGAUGGGAGCAGCCAUAGAUGCAAAGAAACUGUCUAGAGCUCCAUAUUAUUUGAUUGGAAACAGUAAUUUAGUUCUGUAUGGGAGCUCUGGAAGUGCGCAGGAUUACGGACAGGAAGUGGGCGUACCUUUUUCCUAUACCUUAGAGUUGCCUGGUUAUGGGUACAGUUUCACCGUUCCGCCUCAAUAUAUUGAACAAAUAAACACAGAAACCUGGGAAGGCAUCGCUGUGUCAGCUCGCCUUGCGAACUUGUAUUACAGAGCGAGACGUACUUGAAAUAUGAUGGUGUGGAAUACAAGAAUAGGAACAAAUAUUGAUGUUCCGUUAGUUUAUUAAAUAAA